AUGGCACCUGAAAACCACAUCGGUCAACGGCUGUCUUACGAUGGUGCGCUUUGCACAGUUCGCUACGUCGGCGCCGUCACCGGCACGUCAGGCACCUGGCUCGGCGUAGAAUGGGAUGACACGGGACGAGGAAAGCAUGACGGCCAGCAUAAGGACGUCAGAUAUUUCACAUGCCUCUCAAAAUCUCCCACCGCCGCUUCAUUUGUGCGCCCGACCCGCCCCGCUGACGCGCCGCAGAGUUUCGUGGCAGCUCUGAACGGCAAAUAUGCCUCUGAGCAGGCGGCGGAGCGCGAGCCCGAGAUCCAGAUCGUCUUUUUCGGGAAGAAGCCGGCAGAAGAGGUCGGCUUCGACAAGAUUCGUCGCCAGCUCGCGCGCGUUGAGGACCUCACUAUCGUGAUUCUCGAUGGGACGCGGAUUGCCAUUGACGUGGCACCUGAGGAUAAGAGCGUCAAAGAAACGAGUCCGCUGGUCACGGAGCUCGAUUUGAGCAGAAAUUUGUUCGAAGAGUUCCGACAAGUCGUCCGUAUCUGUCGAGAGCUGGAAGAUCUGAGGAGUCUGAGACUCAAUGGCAAUCGCUUCCGAGUCAUCGAAGAUGACGAGACCAAAGCCUUUGUGAAGGUCAACGACCUGGAGCUUGAGGAAACGUUGUUAGACUGGGGGUCUCUGUCUGGACUCGCCCGCAAGUUCCCCUCUUUGUCAUCGUUGAGCUGCAGUCUCAACCAGCUCUCCACGCUCCCGACCGUACCGUUCGGUCACCUCAGCGACACCUUAACGACUUUGGAUCUGGAGUUCAACGAGUUUACUUCUCUCGCAGACCUGUCUGCCCUGUCGUCUCUGACGUCUCUGCGUAAUCUCCAUCUCAAGGGCAACAACAUAUCUACGAUUUCUCCUACGUCCGUUCCGGCCCCUGUCUUCCCUGAGAGCCUGCAGUAUCUGGAUGUAUCUUACAACGCUGUAACAAGCUGGUCCUUUAUUGACGCCCUACCGGCAUCGUUUCCGGGUCUGAAUGCUCUCCGCUUCGCCCACAACCCUAUCUACGAACGCCCUGAUCCCGAAACCCAAGGCGGAGGCAAUCAGACAAAGUCUACCGAUGAGGCCUACAUGCUCACCAUCGGCCGACUGGGCUGUCUCAAGGCCCUCAACUUCACCACGAUCUCGACCUCAGACCGCUCCAACGCCGAAAUGUUCUAUCUUUCACGCAUCGCAAAGCAGCUCGCCUCCGUCCCCGAGGCCGCUGAGCCCGAGGUCCUUGCACAGCACGCCCGAUACGCUGAGCUUUGCACCAUCUAUGGCGCUCCUGACGUUAUUCGCCGCGACGAAAUCAACCCUUCCUAUCUAGAGGCACGCCUGAUCACGGUUCACUUUCAUUAUCCGCACACCACUGCAAACAAAACCAAAACUACCCACCUGCCAAAAUCGUCCGACAUCUACGCCGUCAAGGGUACUGCAGGCAGGUUGUUUGGUAAGGAUCCACUCAGCCUGCGCUUGGUUUGGGAGACGGGCGAGUGGGACCCCGUGGCUGGGUUCGAUGAAGACGAGGAGGCGGAUGACAGCAGCGACGAAGAGGAUGCUGCUGGCGCAAUUGCGAGGAGCGGUGAGGAGGAAACAGGCACGGCGCAAGAGUGCAAGGGCGGAAGAUGGGUCAAAAGGGAAGUUGAGCUCAAGGAUGGGCCUAGACAAUUAGGCUUCUGCGUAGACGGGUUGGAUGUCAAGAUCCGGGUGGAAGACAGGUAA